GCAGUAGCCAGUUAGCGGCCGUACUGGUAGAUAGCUCUCUGCAGUCGCCAGUAUAGUCGAAGUAAAGGCAACAGAGUACGAUAGCCGCUGCAGUCUGCUCUCGCGCCUACAACUAGGAACAUAGGCUUUAGCUAGAUUUCGUCACUCACUAUAAGCUAGGAGAUAGAUAGCCACUGCAGUCGUCUCCGAUGCUUCAGUAGGGACGUAGGAAAGUGAUUUGUUACCUUGUACUUUAUGUAACUGUGUAUCUGUGCAUACUGAACAAUAUACUCUGUUAUCACGGAUUGGCGUUUUCUUAUAUCCACCCUACAAUUUGGCGCCCAACUGAAUAAUCCACAACCGAAACGAGUAUGUCAGAAGACGAGAAGGGAGAAAUGAAGAAGACUACUUCACCCGUGUAUUUAACAGAAGAGCAGUUCAACGAAUUAUUGAAUCGGAUUCCAACAUCUACGAUGAAUAAAAACUUUACGAGAUGUAUGUUGCGCUUCAACGGCGAACGAGACCAUCUCAAAGUAGAAGAAUUUGUCACGGCUGUAGAAAUCUACAAAAAAGUUGAAAAAAUCACCGACGAGGAUGCAUUGAUUGGAUUCCCUCUAUUAUUAAAAGACACCGCAAGCACUUGGUGGACGGGAAUUCAAGCGGGGAUUAAAACUUGGCCAAAAGCUAUUUCUGCGCUUAGGUCAGCUUUUGCCCCAAAACGUCAACCAUACGAAAUAUAUGUGGAACUCUUUGCUGAUAUACAAGGCUACAAGGAGCCCAUAGAUACUUUCCUGUGCCGGAAAAGGGCCCUUUUAGGAAUGUUACCGACUAAGCGGCACAGAGAAGAAGAACAAUUGGAUCUCAUUUACGGUCUAUUAAAAGUAGAAUUAAAAAAAGAGAUUGCACGCUCCGACAUCACCACGUUCGCAGAGUUAUUGGAGAAGGCUCGUCACUUGGAAUCUCUGGAGAAUGUUACAUCAAAAAACCCUUCAGUGUUCAACGAGAAGCCUGCUACCAAUAGAUGCCUAUUUUGCGGUAGAAGGGGACAUAAAAUUGAAGUAUGUCGGAAACGGUCAGCCCAAAUGACCGAACAUAAGCAAUCAAGUGCUACAAUAUUAAAGCCCAGCAACCCAGUCACCGAAAAGCAAGAGCCAAUAAAAAGUGCUAUUAAUUGUUAUGGCUGUGGAACACCCGGGGUUUUUAGAAGCAAUUGUGAAAAAUGCAAAUUGAAAGAAUCGCCACCAAAACCGGUAUCGUUCUUCACGAUAGAAACAAAUCUAGAAGAUCACGUUAAGAUACCCACAAUAGAAAUAAAUAUUUAUGGACAACAUGGUUAUGCAUUUAUAGACACCGCUGCAAGAACUAGCAUCGCGAGUAACUACUUGUACCAAUUAAUGUUGGAGAAUGGUGCUAAAUUUCGUGAGCAAGUAAUCAAUAUUUCGCUAGCGGAUGGGACGGUAAAACAGCAAAAUCUGCUAAUUACUGCCGUAGAAGUUACGCUAGGUAAACGCACUAUACCUAUAACACUAAGCGUCUUACCGGAUGCUAAAGACAACCGCACACUGCUAGGUAUAGACUUCUUAGAUUCGGCAGGCAUCAUUUUAAAUUUGCCACAGCGUUUUUGGACUUUCGCCGAUAUGCCAGACGAAAGAUUUGAUUUCCUGCAUCUUAAAAAUGAAAAAAUUAAAAUAUUGAAGAAAGCGAAGAAAAUAAGUUUUAAAGAGGAAGAGCUCUCAGAAUUUCUGCAAUGGUCAAAGGAGCUACACAUGAUUUCUCCAAUACAAGCGUCUCCAUCGCCAAUACAUGAUGAAGGUUCGCCACCAAAGAGACCACGUUGGCAAUUAAUCAAGCUUGACACGCCACCACGACCAGUCCAUCCUCGUGAACCAGCAGACCAGGAAUCUGAAUUGGAUCCUCGUGUAAAUUAUUUACCAAUAAAUCCUAUGUCACUAUAUUCAUUGAAUUUGUUAUUACAACCUAAUGAAGCCCAAUUAUUAACAAAUGAAGAGAAAACACAAUUAAAUUCAUUAUUAGUUGAGUUUAACGAUAUUUUUAACGAAAAAGGUAGUCCUACUAAUUAUACAGAGCAUAGAAUCGAAACUGGUAAUUGUCAACCUAUAGCAGUUAAACCGUAUCGAUUAUCUCCAGCUAGACAACAACAGCUUAAGCAUAAAUUAGAUGAGAUGAUAAGUAAUGAUAUUAUAGAAGAAUGCAACUCUCCAUGGUCCGCUCCAGUCAUUUUAGUUCCAAAAGGACAAAACGAUGUAAGGGUAUGCAUUGACUACAGACAAUUAAAUGAAGUCACUAAACCUGAUCGGUAUCCACUACCGCGAAUAGACGAUCUGUUACAUCAAGCUAAGGCCAUGCCAUACAUGUCAACCAUAGAUCUUCAAUCAGGCUAUUGGCAAAUAAAGGUACAUGCAGAUGAUCAGGCUAAAACGGCAUUCAUUUCAAAAUACGGAAUAUACAAGUUCAAGCGUAUGCCAUUUGGUCUACGAAAUGCACCUGCAACAUUUCAACGAUUAAUGGACAAAUUUGUUCACGGCUUAAAGGCCCAAUGUGUUUUGUGCUACUUAGACGAUUUAAUAAUUAGAUCAGAAACAUUCUCGCAGCAUUUAAUUGAUCUUAAUGAAGUCUUCGCAAAACUAAGAGACUUCAAUCUAAGAGCUAAUAGAAAGAAAUGUCAAUUUGGGUGUUCUAAAAUCAAAUACUUAGGACAUCUCAUAGUACCUGAAGGUAUAAAAACAGACAUGGAUAAAAUAUCAGCAAUAGCAAACAGGCCAGAACCAAGAAAUCUUAAACAAUUAAUAUCUUUUCUGCAAACAGCAUCCUGGUAUAGACGAUUUAUUCAAAAUUUUGCAGAAAUUGCAAGACCAUUAACAAAUUUAACAAAGAAGAAAGUUAAAUGGCAAUGGUGUGACGACGAACAAAAAUCUUAUGAGUCAUUAAAACGUUUACUAACUACGGCACCUAUACUUAAACAAGCGGAUUAUGAAUCACCUUUUACAAUCAAAACAGACGCAAGCAAUUACGCUAUCGGAGCAGCUUUAGUCCAGGGGGAGGGAUCUGAAGAACAUCCAAUCCAAUAUGCUAGCCGCCUUCUUACACCGGCUGAGUGUAACUACACGGUAACUGAAAAAGAAGCAACGGCUCAACAAUGUGCUCUAACGUUACUUAACGAAGUCUUCCUGCGUUAUGGCCUUCCAAGAAGAAUCACAAGUGAUAACGGAACUCAGUUCAUAUCAGCUGUUAUGCAGCAAUUAACAUAUUGCCUUGGUAUACAACAGAUUCUUACUCCGGUAUACCAUCCAGAACCCAAUAUUGUAGAACGAAAAAACAGGGAUAUGAAAACCCAGAUUGCAAUAAUGGUACAAAACAAACAUAUUAGAUGGCCUGAAACAUUGCCAGCUAUAAGAUUUUCAAUGAAUUCUGCAUACAAUCAAAGUACAGGUUUUACAGCAGGUCAUUUGACAUUUGGAAGAGAAAUGAGAACUCCAUAUAAAAUCACACAUAAUUUCAGUGAUAUAGUACAAUCUGAAAAGUUCAUUCCAGAUAUCACACCAUAUCUAAGAAACUUAGCUAACGAUUUGGAUACAGCUAAAGCAAAUGUAGAAGACAUGCAAGACAAAAAUAGACAAAGAGCAAACCAAAAGCGAUGACCAGAUCCUGGUUACGAAACGGGAGACUUAGUAUUAGUAGAGACACAUCCAAUAAGCAACCAAGAAAAACAGUUCUCGGCUAAGUUUGCACCACGACGUGACGGUCCAUAUGUUAUAACUAAAAAGCAUGGUAGUUGCAUAUAUGAAGUUGCUAAAAUAGAUGAACCUGACAAAGCCAUAGGAAGAUACCAUACAUCUGCAAUUACAAAAUUUGAGAAACGAAAAGAUGAAACACCUGCACCUAUUAUACCAAUACGACGACGAGGCCGACCGAGGAAAGACCAUGCAUCUUAGGCUGGUACUCUCACGGGACGUCCACGAGUACCAGAGGGGGAGAUUGUAGCAAGCGCACGGCGUUGCGGCCUCGAAUACUUUCCCGCUCGCACACUAACUAUCUGUUUCACUCGCACCGUCCCCGCUACGCGUCAUAAAGGAAACAAUGGGACGACAUCCUAUAUAAGCGGGCGCACUGAGCCGCGGAAGGCAGUAGCCAGUUAGCGGCCGUACUGGUAGAUAGCUCUCUGCAGUCGCCAGUAUAGUCGAAGUAAAGGCAACAGAGUACGAUAGCCGCUGCAGUCUGCUCUCGCGCCUACAACUAGGAACAUAGGCUUUAGCUAGAUUUCGUCACUCACUAUAAGCUAGGAGAUAGAUAGCCACUGCAGUCGUCUCCGAUGCUUCAGUAGGGACGUAGGAAAGUGAUUUGUUACCUUGUACUUUAUGUAACUGUGUAUCUGUGCAUACUGAACAAUAUACUCUGUUAUCACGGA